UCAUCAGAUUAUUCCAUCUAAAAAAAAAGUUCCAAUUAUAGCCAAAUCACAUAUUUAGCAUUUUGCUAGUAAUUUUUUUUCUUUAAUUAUGGAUUUUCUAAGUCUUGCUUCUUCCACCACAAGAACAAUUGAACAAGUACAACUCUAGCUGAUACAAUAUCGAAAAUGAAGGUGAAGAUGAAAACGAUAUUUUACAAUUUCAGCAAGAAGUUACAAUAUGCAUGUGAAGAGAUAUUGUUAAUGUUGAUGUUUGUUUUUCUUCUGUUUUACUUAAGGUGGAUCACAAACCAUAACUAUCAACAUCAUCUACUAAUCACAACUCGAAGCACAAACAAAUUGAACAAACAAAUAUUCAUAUUAGCAGGACAAAGCAACAUGGCAGGGCAAGGAGGUGUACACAAUUUUACAUGGGAUGGUGUAAUACCUCGCGAAUGUCAACCUAAUUCAAACAAUAUUCUUCGAUUAAGUGUAACUAUCAAGUGGGAAAUUGCACAUGAACCUCUUAAUUACGCGGUUGAUUGUCUUCAUAAUUGUGGAGUUGGUCCAGGAAUGGCAUUUGCUAAUGCAAUUCUUAAACAAGAUCCAAAUUUUGGAGUUAUUGGUUUAGUACCAUGUUCUAAAUCAGGUAUUGGAAUUCAUACUUGGAUUCGUGGAAAUAUGCCUUAUGAUCAAUUGAUAAGUAGAGCUAAGUUUUCUCUUAAACAUGGAGGAACAAUUAGAGGGUUAUUGUGGUUUCAUGGUGAAAGUGAUACAAAGGACAAGUAUACAGCAAGAUAUUAUAAAGCCAAAGUGAUGAAGUUCAUUCAAGAUUUACGCGAUGACUUGAAAUCUCCUCUGCUUCCUGUUAUUGUGGUUGUUCUACGUUAUCCAAAAGAACCAUUUGAUAGAAAAUUUAAAUUUGUAAAUGUAGUGAGACAAGCACAGAUGGAUAUUAAUCUUCCAAAUGUAAUAAAAGUGGAUGCUAAUGGUCUACCAGUUGAAUCAGAUGGGCUUCAUCUCACAACUCAAGGCCAAAUCCAACUUGGUAAUAUGAUGGCUCAGGCUUUUCUCAACACCAAAUUUCAAUCUCUUAAGUAUGAUUCAAACAAGAUUUAUCAUAUGAGUGGCUAGUUGUUUCGGUCUAUGUUGCUUGAACCCUCUAAAAAUGUCAUUAGGUAUUUGUCCAAAAUUAAGUAGAGCAUUUUUGAGAAGAUACGACAUGGAUGUAACAACAAUUUUGAAAAAUUCGUGCAACGUAGAUCU